ACGAGAUCCUAACGAAGGAAGAACUGGAGCAGUAUCGGCGAGAAUUUGGAAGUGACCCAGCGAUGGGGUUGCCAAGCUGGUUAGCGGCGCACGUCCACCUCUGUCACCCGACAACAGGCCCGCGAAAUUCAGAAGCAGAUCACGAGCGCAGGGACAUCAUAACGAAAAUGAACAAGGAAAAAGA